UAAUUGUUUAUAUGUAGCAUUACUCUUUGAGCUGUCUCUGUACACAUGUGGGAGUUUUUCUUCGAUUGAAGUAUCUAAAGAAGUAUAGGAGCUGAUUGAUUGAUUGUUUCUCUCUCUAAAGACUGCCCAAUUCUUGAAAACCCAUGAAGAGGCCAGUACCAUGGAAUGAUCAAAUCGAUUUCAUUUUAUCAGAUCCAUCUUCUCCUUCUUCUUCUUCUGCAGAUGAUGAUGAAGACGACGAUGAUGGAUCUGAAUCUGAAAGCAAGCACUCGAGCGACGCUGAUGUCCCAAUUAAUGAUCAACCCACCGAGGAAAAACCUUCUGAAGAAGAAAUGGUGACGAGAAGUGCGAAAAUGUAUCAAGACUACAUGAAUCAGAUUCCAAUCCCCUCCCAACGAGGUUCUGUUAUUCCAUUUAACUCAUGGACGGGAUUAGCCAAAUCCAUUAAGCAGCUAUAUGGGCAACCCCUGCAUUACCUCACCAACAUUCGUAUAAAAGAGUGGGACAAAAUGAGAAUUGGCCAUGAGGACGAAGAUAGACCAUUGGAUAGUAUUAUUCAUCCUGCUAAAGCCGAAGCCAGCAUUUGGCUGACUGAAGAAGUUCAUCGGCUCACCACAUCUCAUUAUCAUCUAGCAAAGCUCUGGGCCUCGGAUCCAAUGCACUAUGCUUUUAUCGAUCCAAUUUUUCCUAGACUAUGAACAUUUUGUGUGAAAAGUGUUCUCUCUAGCUGUAGCGCUAGUUUGUAAGGCUCUCUCUCUCUCUCUCUCUCUCUCUCUAAGACCUUGGCUGUGUAUUGGUGAAUUCAAGAAACAUAAAUCUUAUUUUUUUGUUAGUUCACAUGUUUC